CCGAAAACUACAACUCCCAGGGGUCUGUGUGCCGCAAGGGGGCGGGGCUUGCGCCGGUGUCACCGGAGAAGAGGCGAUGGCGGAGUCGACGAGGUCUCCGCGCCGCUCACUGUAUAAACUGGUGGGCUCGCCGCCUUGGAAAGAGGCUUUUCGGCAGAGAUGCCUGGAGAGAAUGAAAAACAGCCGGGACAGGGUCCUAAACAGGUACCGCCAGGCUGGAAGCAGUACGCCAGGGAAGGCUCAGAACACCUUUCUAGUGCAAGAGGUGAUGGAAGAAGAGUGGAAUGCUUUGCAGUCAGUGGAGAACUGUCCAGAAGACUUGGCUCAGUUGGAGGAGCUGAUAGACAUGGCUGUGCUGGAGGAAAUCCAACAGGAGCUGAUUGAGCAAGAGCAGUCCAUCAUCAGCGAAUAUGAGAAGAGCUUGCAGUUUGAUGAAAAGUGUCUCAGUGUCAUGCUGGCUGAGUGGGAGGCAAACCCACUCAUCUGUCCUGUAUGUACAAAGUUUGAAGAUCCAGGUCUGGUGGCCAUGAUGCUCUGGGAUCCUAAUUCUGCUUCUAGGUACAACCUGAGAAUCACAGGCGGUGUGGUCGUGUGUCAGUGUGGCCUGUCCAUCCCAUCUCAUUCUUCUGACUUGACAGAGCAGAAGCUUCGUGCCUGUUUAGAGGGUAGUAUAAAUGAGCACAGUGCACAUUGUCCCCACACACCUGAAUUUUCAGUCACUGGAGGAACAGAAGAAAAGUCCAGUCUUCUCAUGAGCUGUCUGGCUUGUGAUACUUGGGCUGUGAUCCUCUAGAGCCAGCUUGGAGUCACAUCAUUCUACCCAGCUGAAGACAACUCAUUUCCUCUGAGGAGCCUUGUACAUAUAAAUCUUUUAACUUAUUUUGUAUUGAAACUUCUCAGCAAUACCGAAUGAAAA